AUGAUCGAAAAUGAUUUUGGUAGUUGUUGUCCGAUGUGCCGAUUCGUAUCAGAUGUCACAUUUGCCCCACAAAAUCCAAAAUUGGUCAUCAUCUUUUGUCUUUGUCAAAAGUCGACAAAGAAUUUCAUAGGUGUUGCACCACUCUCUUUACUGUCUGUGACUGUUCACUAUCUAAGCAACACGUUCGUCAAUAAUACAUUAGGAGGAGCAGUGCAAAGAGAAGUAGAAGAAGUAGAAAAACAUAUUCAAUAUAUUCAAUCAUAUCAUAUCUAUCUAUCUAUUCACUCUCUUAUCUAUAUAUUUCUAUCCAUCUUUGAAAGAGAGGAGGAGGAGUUUGAGAUAAUUGCUAUAUAUGACAAUUUGUUAUUUUAUAGUAUAGAGAUGGAUGCAGGAGGAACAACAAACAACAACAACAACAACAACAAUAAUAGUAAUAGUAAAACAACAACACCAUUAACACCUUUAGAAUCAUACGAAUACUCUGAAGAAAAUAACAAUACCAACAACAAAAGCAGUAGUCUUUCUCCUACUACAACUAGUACUAGUACAACAACAACAACAACAAAUACUAUUAUAAACCAUAAUAAUAAAAUGGAGAAUGUUAAUGAAAUGAUGAAUGGUGUAUCUCUAAAUACAAGUACAUCAUCUUCAUUAUCAUCGUCGACUUCAUCAUCUUCACUUUCAAAUUCAUUUGGUAGUAGCAGUGGUGUUGGUGGAAGUGGAAGUGGAGGUAGCAAUAACAAUAGCAAUACUACUACCUCAACUACUACAGUCAACAAGAAUUCAUUUAUCAGUAGUAGCCAAAAUAAUAUUGCAACAACUUCUACUAAUCCUGCAAGUAUUACGAUUAUUAAACCUGUCUCUCUUCUCUCUUCUCUUUUAGAAACCAGUUUAACAGGUAGUUUAGGAAGUAGUAGUAGUAAUAACAGUUUGAACACUGCUACAGCUACAGCUACUGCGGCUGGUGCACAACCUUCAAAUGACGAAAACUACUAUUCAAUGGCAAAGAUCUAUUUGAACAACAAACCAAACUACACAUUGGCACAAGGUUUGGGUAGAGUCGACUUUAACAUGAAAUCAGAGGAUCUCGAUCAAGCUUGGUUUCACAAGGAAGCUACUAGAGAUGUCUCAUUGGCUUUAUUAAAUUCAAAACCAAUUGGAUCAUUUAUUAUUAGACCAAGUUCACAAGCUGGAAGUUAUGCAAUGUCAUGGGUUAAAAGUAAUGGAGAUAUUGGACACAACUUGAUUUAUGGAUUGUGUCCUGGAUACUCGUUGAAACAGAAUCCGGUGAGUCCAACCGAUAGAUUUUGGUCACUACAGGCAUUGGUAGAGGGGUGUGAUUAUCUUAGUGAACCGGUUGCAGUGUCAUCGAGUACCAAUGCAAUCACGAAAAAAUCAAAUGCAAAGACCAACAGUGAAGUCGUCGGUCGUAUCAUUGAACGUUUGGUUCAGAAUGAUCCAUGUCUAGGUGAAUUGAUGUGGACACUUUGUAUCAUGGGUGAAACUGCCAAUGAGAAUAUAAAUCGUUGUGAAAAACGUACCUAUGUAAAAUAUUGUGAUGAAGAAUAUAAUGCUCCUGAAAUUAUACCUUUAAAUGGAAAUUCAUUAUCAUUAGUUGCACAAAGUUUACAAAAUAAUAUGUUUACACAUUCAUUACAUGUCAAUGGGUAUGAAGGAUACUUGAGAAUGAGUUUCCAACCAAAUAUAGGUGACCAAGAAGCAUUGGCACUUGCCGCCAUGUUGCUAAAAAACAAUUCACUUACACUUUUAAAUUUAAAUGUAAAUGAAAUCACCGAUACUGGAGCAAAAGCAAUUGCCUAUUCUUUAAAACAAAAUUCAUCAUUAAAAUAUUUAUCAUUAUCACAAAAUUUUAUUGGUAAAGAAGGGUUAAUAGCAUUAUCAGAAGCGAUUAGAGUGAAUCGUACAUUGGAUUUUGUAGAUGUUUCCAAUCAAUUGUAUAAAAGUAAAAAUCUAAUCAAUCUUGUACAUACCAAUCCCGAAAGAACGUUGAUAUCGUUGCUCGAAGACACACUUAAGCGAAAGUGUGAGUUGUUGGGUAUAUCGCAGCCAAUCAACGAUAUGCAGAAUGGCAGCAGCGGAGCAGCAUCUACAGCUACGCUUGGUACGACGACUACGACAACUAUUCCUCAGACGAUAACACCACCUUCGGGCAUCCACAAUGUGACACUUCAAAAACUACCCUACUUUCACGGCUUUUUGACCAAAGAGUCGGCUGAAAAGAGAUUGCGCAUGGUCGGCGGAUUUGGCAGUUUCCUCUUCUACCUCAACCACUAUAUACCCAACUCUAUCUUUUUGGCCUACACGGUCAAGGCUACAGGGUGCGACCCACCCGACGGCGUCAACCCACGCAACCACAUUGACGUCAUACACCGCAUGAUCCACCGAGUCCACUUUGGCUACAGGUUUGUCGGCGGCGGUCUCAACCAGGCUCAGCCCACUCCCACACUCAUCCAAUACCAAUCACCCGAAGAACACCGCGACGAGAUUCUCGAAGAAGAAUUACUCUACAACUUCCAGAUCAACAAUCGAAACAAUGAAAACACCAUCACUCACUCGAAUAGCUACAACUAUGCCUACAGGUACCGUCCCAAGCGAAAAGGCUGCGGUAUUGUCAUCCCCACACUGUUUGAGUUUUGUUCGUGGGCUCUUGCCUCUAGUCCGCAGUACAAGGAGAUUGCCGAGGAACUGCACAGCAUCAACAAUGUCAUUGGCGAGAGAUUCCAAGAUAUCCACGAUCUCGUCCCAUUGUGGGGGUCGCGUGACGUCUCUCCAGUUGUCGCCACACUCUCUACCAACAAGCAAAACGUCAUUCGAAAGGGUGUCUAUCCAACACUUGCCCAGCUCUAUAAAUUAAAUCGUUCCAAACUGAUCAACCCUGUCACUCGUGAUCAAUAUAAAGUCAUUCGUACAAGAUUAAAAACAAAGGAAAUGGAACAAAAACAAAAUAGACAAAAUAAUUAA